GUGUUGUGUUGUGGUGUGUUGUGUUGUGUGGUGUGUUGUGGUGUGUUGUGGUGUGUUGUGGUGUGUUGUUGUGUUGUUUUGUGGUGUGUUGUUUUGUGGUGUGUUGUGUUGUUGUGUUGUGUUGUGGUGUGGUGUUUGUGGUGUGGUGUUGUAAGGAGAGAAAUUGGAGGUGUGAGUUUUUUUACCAUAGGUUUUUACAGAUGCAGUGCUGGUGCGCAUGCGCAGAGACGUCGGCAGAGACUUCAGACUCAUUUUUCAGCGCACGUCUCGCGGCCGUCGCUCCGGUAUAAAAAAGGACAUUUAGCAGGAGAUGCUCUCCUCUCUUUGAGCUGUGGACUCUUUGAUGACUCGGACUCAGGGAGGAGUGUAACUCGGGGUUUUUUGGUGCUCAGCUGUUUUUGGAUGAGAUGAUGUAGGGAUGUUUUUUCUCGAAGCCGCGGUGCGUUCAAUGACCCUCAUAUUAAAAUGAAGCUGGGCUGCAUGAAAUGAUGGGGAGGAUGACGAGGAUGCACGCACGAUCGAUUACAGACGGUCUCUACCAAGAUGGCAGAAAUGGCAGAGACAGAAGAUACUGUGAUCAUCACUCUACAUAGAAGAACAAUGUUAAAACAGAAGACUUUGGGAUUAUUAUAAAUCGUGGAUUAUACAAUGAACACCACUGUUACACCAUCAGACCUGGUGGAUAUGCCAAGGCAUCAGAACUUCAGCGGCACCCUGGGCGCACAGACCCCGUCAGGCUGGGCUGUCAUCCACACUGCUACCUUGACCUUUUGCUCCCUCCUCCUCAUCCUCAUCUUCCUCCUGGGUUCCUAUGGCAAUCUUGUUGUGUUCCUGUCCUUUUUUGACCCGGUGUUUCGCAAGUUUCGCACUAACUUUGACUUCAUGAUCCUCAACCUCUCGUUUUGUGACUUGUUCAUUUGUUGUGUGACUGCUCCCAUGUUUGCCCUGGUGCUCUUUCUGGAUGCAGGCGGAGGGGAUGGGGUGUCCAAAAGUUUCUGCUUUGCGUUCCACCUGACCAGUUCAGGGUUCAUAAUAAUGUCCCUGGAGACGGUGGCCGUCAUUGCUCUCCACAGACUGCGCAUGGUUUUGGGGCAGCAGCCUAACCGCACGGCCUCCUUUCCCUGCACACUGGCCCUCACUGCCCUGCUGUGGACGUCCAGCUUCACCAUGGCUGCUCUGCUCACCAUGCGAGCGUACCCACGUAGAGAUGGACCUUGCUUGCCUCACUUUGGCUUUGGAGGUGGAAAGGCCAGGGUUGUGUUAUAUGUAUACCUGGCAGACUUUGCUUUUUGUGUUGCUGUGGUGUCUGUGUCCUAUCUGAUGAUUGCUCAGACACUGAGGAAGAAUGCACAAGUGAGGAAAUGUCCAGUCAUCAGUGUGGAUGCCACAUGCCCUCCUCCCCCACCACCUCUUCUUGCAGCAGGCUUUGAGAGCAUGCAGUGUACUGUUCCAGGUCCCCCACUGUAUCGUAACCAGACUUACAACAAACUGCAGAAUGUUCAGACACAUUCGUAUGCCAACAAGACCAGCCAGCCACUGGUUCCAGGAGCUGCCCAAGGAGCCACCUGCUGUCAGCUGGUCUCUACAGUCAACCUGGCCACAGCCAAAGACUCCAAGGCAGUCGUCACAUGUGUUGUGAUAGUAUUUUCUGUGCUGCUGUGCUGCCUGCCCAUGGGAGUUUCACUUGCACAGGAUGUUUUGUCGCCAGAAAGCAGCUUUGCACAUUACCAGUUUGAACUGUGCGGCUUUGUGCUAAUUUUCCUCAAGUCGGGCAUCAAUCCCUUUGUGUACUCGCGCAACAGUGCAGGCCUCCGCCGUCGUGUACUAUGCUGCAUGCAGUGGGCGGCUCUGGGCUUCCUGUGCUGCAAGAACAAGACUCGCCUGCAUGCUAUGGGGAAAGGAAGUCUGGAAGUCAAUCGCAAUAAAUCCUCCCAUCAUGAGACCAACUCAGCCUAUGUACUGUCACCCAAGCCACAGAGGAGGCUGGUGGACCAG